AUGGAGCUGGCACGUCAGGAGCUGGAGGGGCUGCAGGGGCGGGGGGGGGCAGCGGGGACAGUGGAGGAUGCGGGGCCAGGGGUUAUACCCUUGCGCGGGCCACAUUGGUUGGUGGCAGGCAGAGUGCCUCAGUGCAAGUGCGCAUGGCAAUGGAUGCGCUCUGCUUGCUUUGCUUUGCCCUACGUUGCAUGUCCCAACAUCCAUUCAUCCCCCAACCAACCAACCCCAGCUGGGCAGUGGGAACAGCUGGCCAGAGUGCUCCGCAGGGCAGCAGCGCAGAGUGCACGUGUGCGAGUGCGCAUGGCAAUGGAUGCGCUGUGCUUUGCGGACGAGCGCUGGCUCGUGUGCGGCUCUGAUACCACGGGAUCUGCGCCGUCCACCAUCGUCCUCUGGGAUACCUCCCGCCCCCCCUCCUCCUCCGCUGCACCCUCUGCCUCGCCUGCUACUACUGCCACUCCUGGUGCCUCUGCUCCCAGUGCGGGACCCUCUGUGUUCCACAUGCCUGCCUUUUCCUCAUUCGUAACAUGUGUGGCCGCCAACCCCACCGACUCUCGAACCAUCGUUGCUGGCGGCGGGGAUGGCGGCGUGGCUCUCUUUGAUUCACGCAUGCACAAGGCCAUCACUCGCUUCUCACUGGGAGGCAGUUUUGAGGUGAGAGGGAUCAGAGGGGCGAGGGGAAGGGAGGUGACGUCAGCAGCGUUCAGCCCCUGUGGUCGGUUUUUCCAUGCUGCCUGCUCGGCCAACUGCUGCUUCCUCUUCGACUCCCGCUGCCUCCCCUCCUCCUCCUCCUCCGCUGCUGCUCCCCCCUCCUCCUCGUCCGCUCCCCCUUCCUCUUCCUCCUGCCCCUCCCCCUCUCUGCGCGCUCUCUUCUGCCUCUCCCACGGCCCACCCAUGCCGUCAGUGCAGCACUCCGUGCAGCAUGCGGGCUUUGUGGAUUGUGGGGACGAAGGGGUCAAUGAUGCCAGGUGGCUCUCUGCUUCGCCUGGCUUCGUGACUGCCAGUGGCAAUGGCAGUGUGGCUGUGUGGGACGUCUCUUUGGCCGAUCCCCUCACUGCCUUCUCCUUCGCACACACUCGAUCUAUCAACACUGUAAAGCAGUCCACAUGCCUGGCUGACAAGGCUGUUGCUUUGGCGUCCCCCUCCCUGCAUGGCAGGUUGCGCGGCCACCCGGUGACGCCUGCAUUGCCUUUUGAGGCGUCUCAAAAGCCUUUUCUCUGCUCCUCCUCCCCCUCCCUCCAUGACCAGGUGGCAGUGGCACCCGAUGAUGCCUGCAUUGCCACCGGAGGGGAUGAUCAGAAAGUGGUGAGCGCAUUUCUCUCCCCUCUCGUCCAUUCCUAG